AUGUCCAACGGAGAAGAGGAGGAGGAGGAGGACGGGGAUAACCCACUCGAAGCGCUCAUCCAAGACGUGGACGCGUCAAAAACAAUCGUCGAGGAGUCGUCGGUGGAAAUAAAUAAAGUUGAAGAAGAUGAGAAGAAGAAGAAUAAGAAGAAGAAACAAAAACAAAACGAAGGAAACGAUGAUGAUGAUUUUGAGGAGAAAGAUGAGAAAGAGGAAGCAGAAAGAUCCAACAUGAUGGUUGUGGACGAGAAUGGGAACAUAAACGAGGACGCUUUGAUUCUCUCGUCCUCGCCGCCGACAGACAGCCUCGAGGAGGUCGAUGACCUCGUUGACGAGGACGGAAAAGAAAACGGUGGGAAAAAUAGUAAUCUUCACCUUCAGAAUACGACUUUGACGGUUGCGAAUCAAAACACGAACAACAACAACAACAACAGUAUUAAUUACGAGAUGCAAAGAGUAAAGUUGUAUAAACUUAACGCGGAAGGGUACUGGGACGAUACCGGCACAGGAAUUGUUUCCUGCGAGUACGUCGACGUGUUCUCAUCCAUGGGUUUAGUUGUUUACCCCGAAGAGGAAGGAGAAGAAGAGGAGGAGGAGGAAGACGACGACGAUAACGAUAAAGAAAAGGAAAGAAGAGAACGAGACGGCGAAGCAGCAGCAAUAGCGGGAGGAAAAGAUGAUAAAGAAGAAGAAGAAGAAGAAGAAAAAAGCAUACAGAAGAAAAGGAGGAGAAGAUCAGCAUCUGCAACGACAACAACAAAACCGACGCCGUUGUUAGUGCAUAAGAUUUUAGAAGAACACCAACACCAACAAGAGCCGGCGUAUUCUCGUUCCGGGCAAUCAACAAUCAUAAGUUGGGUAGAGCCGCGAGAAAGCAUAGACUUAGCUUUGAGUUUUCAAAGCAUAGACGGGUGCGAUUUCAUUUGGGAGCAAAUCAAAAACGCGCAAAGGAGGAAUUCUAUGUCCAUCGAUGCCGAUAAUAAAGAAGGCGACGCGAUGAUGAUGAACAACAAAAUUUUUAGCAAGAACGAGUUAAACAACAACAACAACAACAACAUGAGAUCGCCGUUCGAUUUAGAGGAUUUAGAGAACGAUGAUAAUCACUUGAAUCACGACGGUAGUGGUGGUCCAGAAGGUGACUUAGUCGAUGGGUUCAAUCACCAGAGAAACCAACACAUCAGAGGGAACAUCGACGAGUACGGCGAGUUCACCGGGAAAUCGUUUUACUACGAAGGCGACGACUCGCAAUCCGCGGGGCACCAUCACCAUCAGUUUCACCGCGCUGCGCCGGCAAAGUUACCUGAACCGACUUUGUCCGAACUCUCAAACAUCACGAAAGUAUUGAACGAGUGUUCUCCUUUCCAGCGAGAGUCCAUCGCGUCGAUGAUAUUAAACACGCCGGAUUAUUUGAAGCGCCUGUUGUCCAUCUUCACCACGUGCGAGGAUCUCGAAGACGAAGAAGGUUUGCACGAAAUGUAUCGCUGCGUCAAAGGAAUGGUGAUGUUAAACGAAGCGAAUUUAUUCGAUUGCAUGUUCUCCGAAGAGUUUGUUUGGGAAGUAGUGGGUAGCUUAGAGUAUGAUCCGGACGUUCCGGCGGAAAACCGCACGCACCAUCGCGAUUUCUUGAGAAAUGUCGCCGUGUUCAAAGAAGUCGUUCCGAUUACGAAUGAAGUCACCAAGGCUAAAAUUCAUCAGACGUAUAGAAUUCAAUAUUUGAAAGACAUGAUAUUGCCGAGCGUGUUGGACGAGCAAGUAUUUCAGACGUUGCACUCGAUCAUGUUAUUCAACAACGCCGAAGUUGUGCGCGAGUUGGAUGAAGAUCCACUCUUUCUCGACGCGCUUUUUGAAAAGUUGAACGCGGCGACGACGUCUACCGCUACGGAAGAAAACGAAGAGUGGACGGAUUUGAUUUUUUUCUUACAAGAAUUGUGUCAGCUGGCGACUGGUUUGCACAUUCAACACCGCACGGAACUCUACCAAAAGCUUUACGAAUUGGAUUUGCUGAACGUGUUAACCUUAGCUUUGACGAAAGGAAACAGCGAGCAAGUGCAGGUAAAGGCAGCGGACGUCUUCAUGUCCGCUUUGUUGCACGAUCCGGUGAUUCUGCGGGAAAAGCUCGUCAAGCAAGAAGAGUACGCCAUGAUGUCUGAAUUAGUCAGACUCUUUUUAGACGGCGACGAUGGGUUGCAAGGCACGGUUCUAGAAAUACUAACCAUAUUAGCCGAUCCAGAUAACAUGGAUCAGGAAACAGAGAAGAACACGUACUUGGAAAUGUUUUACGAUCAUUUCGUGGACAAGUUGACCGAGCGAAUAAGUUUUGGAUCCGUAAACGAGGAAGAGUGCAAGAAGAAAACUAGUAAAAAUGGUGCCGACGAGAACGACGACGAUGACAACGGUGGUGAUGCCGCGGCAGAGAAGAAAGAACAUUUGCAAUACGUGCAGCCGUGGAGUUUAACAAAGAUUGUCGAUCUGUUGGUGUUCAUGGCGCAGCACCACGGUUAUCGAAUAAAGUAUUACAUUUUGCGCAACAACGUUUUGGUGAAAGUUUUAGCGCUGACGAAACGCAAGGAAAAAUUCGUCGUUUUAGCCGCUUUAAAACUCCUUCGAGCGUGCGUUGGAUUGAAAGAUGAAUUCUACAACAGGUACUUGGUGAAAUCGGAUUUGUUUGAGCCAAUCGUGCGAUCGUUUCGCGCGAACGGGGAGAAGUACAAUCUCUUAAACUCGGCUAUUUUAGAGCUCGUCGAUUUCGUGCGACGCGAAAACGUGCGGAACCUCGUCGCGCACUUGUUGGAAAAGUUUAAAGAUUUUAUCGAUACCGUCGAGUAUUGCGAAACGUUCAAACUUCUCAAAGAGCGUCACGAAAUGAACAUCAAUCCGUCGAAAGAGACAACGACAGUGACGACGUCGAGCAUACAACCGGCGCCGAGUUUGAAUGGAUCCGAAAUUUCCAGCGGGUAUCUCUCUCGAGAAACCAUCGCCGCUCGCGCCGCGCACGACGCCGCACGACGACGACGAGACUCCUCCAUGACUCAAGACGAGGAAGAUUAUUUCGAUUCUGAUGACUACCAAGACGGCAGCGAGGGUGAUUCUGGCGGUUCUGGUGGAAGAAAAUCGACGUCUACGGGAAGCGGAUCGCCUCCGCCGCCAAUAUCGACGCACCGUCCUCCGGACUUUAUGAAUUCGCCAAAGAGACAACGUUCACUUUCACCCCCUCUGAUUGAUCCUUCCCACGGGCCAACGGCUCAAGUGCACUUGUUGCCAGGAUUUCGAAACAGUCCGCAAAGGCCGAUAAAACGAGAGUCGACGCCGACGACGAGUUUCGAAGGUCCAGAGAAGCAACCGACUUCAACUUCGCCGUCUUCGAAGAACAAGAACAACGAGGAGUUGGUAACAUCGAAGAAAAGAAACUUGUCGCCUUCUCCUUCUCCCGAGAAGGAACAAAAAGAAAACUCGGGGAACAACAACGGCGACGACGAUGGCAACAAAAAGAAGAAGAAAAAAGUUGGCGUUCUCGAUUUGUUUGGCGAUGACGACGAAGAGAAGUCCAUGUCCGAGCGCAAGGCGUUCUUACCUCCUCAAACGAGUACAGAAAAUGGAGAAGAAGAAGAAGUAAAGAAAGAAAGAGAAGAAGAAAAGAAGUAG